AACGUUUAUUUAUUUUUGAGACAGAGAGAGACAGAGCAUGAACAGGGGAGGGGCAGAGAGAGAGGGAGACACAGAAUCUGAAACAGGAUCCAGGCUCUGAGCUGUCAGCACAGAGCCCGACGCGGGGCUCGAACUCACAGACUGUGAGAUCAUGACCUGAGCUGAAGUCGGACGCUUAACCAACCAAGCCACCCAGGCGCCCCAAAGAUCGACUUUUUAAAAGGACUUCAGAGCAGGGGCACCUGGGUGGUUCAGUCGGUUAAGCAUCUGACUUCAUGUCGUGAUCUCACAGCUCGUGAGUUUGAGCCCCACGUUGGGCUCUGUGCUGAUGGCUCAGAGCAUGAAGCCUGCUUUGGAUUCUGUAUCUCCCUCUUUCUCUGUCCCUCCCCUGCUCAUUCUCUGUGUCUCUCUGUCUCAAAACUGAAUAAACAUUAAAAAAAAAAAAAAAAAGGACCCCAAAACAGAUGACUUACUGGCUGAGUUCUAUCCAGCCUUUAAAGAACAGAGAGUCUCAGUGUAAUUCAAUGACUCAAAGCCAUAGGAAGAAAGAUGGAGAACCCCCUAAUAUUACAAAGUCAGCAUCAUCUUAAUGUUAACUCCUCAUAGACAGACCCCACUUGGGAAUAUUGAUUCUCAUUUGAAAUAAAACAUUAGCAAAUAGGAUCUAUCCAUGUAUUUAAAAGACUAAUGAACUGUAAACAAAUAGCUUUUAUUUCAGAACACAAGGAUUUCAGUAGCAGAAAAUUUAUCAACAUAAUUUAUUACAUCAACAAAUUAAAGAAAACGAUCAUAUUAAAAGACACUAAAUAGGGUACCUGAUAAGAUUCAGUAUCAAUUCUUAACAGAAAUCCAUAAUCCCUUUUCCAAAAUUCUGAUAAAAGGAAUCUCUGAAAAGUAAAAUGUUGGCCUGUAACUUUGGCAUUUCAUUUGCUGCUAAGGUUUAUGCGAACUGACAUAAAGAAACUACUUGAAUACAGAGAAGUGCUGUUCUUUACAAAUGUGAAGUAUUACAUGUUCUGUACGCGAAGCACGCUCAAAAAACGAAUUAUGGAUUAUUUGUUAUUGGGGAUCUCUCUCCUGUAUUUAGAAUUACUCCAGUCUUCCUUUUUUUCAAGAUGAGUUUGAGGAGAAUUAAUAUGAGACAUGUGCUUUCAACUUUCUAGAAGAAAACAUCACUGCGUUUCAGUAAAUCUAAGACACCGCUGUUUGGAAGACUAACAUUUAUUCUAUGUAUCACUAAAAGAGAGGGAAAAAGGAUGCUGCUAUUUACUUUAUGAAUCAUCGUUGGGUGUAAAACACAUCGCAGUUUCAAGAGAUGUUGAGUGAAAAAAGGUGCAUCCCGGAAUCAAUGAAAUAUGAACACAUGCGAAAGCAGUCAGGAACUCUCCAUCAACCACACGGCCCUUCCGACAAGAACAGGGACUCAAGGUCCUUUCUUCUAUAAAUGUCUGUGUCUUGGGGAUGGGCCGGGUGUGAGGUGGAGUGUAGUGGUCUGGGGUCAGCCAGGGCUCCACAGUUGGCUCUUCGUUGGUUACUGGUUUGACCAGGAACCAGCUAUUUAACAACUCAAAGCUCAGUCCUGGGACAGGGAUGAUGCCUACUUACACUUACUUUAGAGUUAAAAGGAUGACAUGAGAUAGGCUUUGUGAAGUUCAAGAGUAAGUCCUUCCUAAUAGCUGCCCCUGGAAUGAGGGCGGUGCUGAUGUGGUGGUGUCGGCUGUGGUCUCUGGCAUCUUUCCCACUUCUAUAACUCUAUGAUCCUUUACCCAAGAAAAAGCUUGGCCGAUCUCUCUCACUUAUGGAAGACUCUCUGAUAUUACUGAGAAGACGCUGUUGGCCUCAGACGCCUAUACCAUCAGUGUGCCCUGAAUUUAUAGCAUCUCAUCUGAAAAUCUGAGUGGGAAAGAACCUCAGACGGGUCCUAACAUGGACCAAGAGAGGAACUUGACCUUCCCAAGUAAUACAGCCAGUGGCAAAAUGAAGGCUAAACCCGGACCAUCAGGCACGUUGGUCAGACUCUUUCUAGAUGGUUCCUAUCCCCAAGGCACUAGGGCUCACCCCAGCAGUUUCUGGCAGUUCGCUCAGACCUGGAUGAUCUCUGUCCUAAACCCAGUCAUUUGUCCUCUCUGGUCUACUUCUUCCUGCUCUGGGAAAAAAAGAUGGAUACAAACUUAGCCUACCCAACUGCUUACUGACUUCAUGUUCUGAUUUUGGCCUUCACUGCCCCUCCCACUUCCGUCCCGCCUUUCUAAUUGGCCAGCUGGAAGGAGUUGGGGGAGCUCUUCUGUACUGAGGCUCUUGAAGACCUACUCACAUCACCAAUCUGCUGUGUGCUCUCCGACAGGAUGGGAGUGGUGAGCAGCAAAAAGCAGGUGAAGGAGAAAGGUAAGGGCCUCUGGAGCCCUGUGAAGGUCAGCACCCAGAGCAAAGAUCCCCCACCACUGCCUCCCCUGGUCCUGUUUAACCACCUGGCUCCUUCACCUCCGGACAUGCACCCAGACCAAGAGGAGCAUUUCGUGGUGGCCCAGUAUGACUACACCUCAGUGAAUGACAGGGACCUGCGAAUGCUGAAAGGGGAGAAGCUACAGAUAUUAAAGGAAGUUGGAGACUGGUGGUUGGCCAGAUCUCUCAUCACAGGAAGAGAAGGCUACGUGCCCAGCAACUUUGUGGCCCGAGUAGAGACCCUGGAGGUGGAAAAGUGGUUCUUUAGAUCAAUUAGCCGGAAAGAUGCUGAGAGGCAGCUUCUGGCUCCAAUCAAUAAGGCGGGCUCCUUUCUUAUCAGAGAGAGUGAAACCAACAAAGGUGCCUUUUCUUUGACUGUGAAGGAUGUGACCACCCAGGGGGAGGUGAUCAAACACUACAAGAUCCGCUCCCUGGAUGAAGGGGGCUAUUACAUCUCCCCCCGCAUCACCUUCCCCACUCUCCAGGCUUUGGUGCAACAUUAUUCUCAGAAAGGGGAUGGUUUAUGCCAGAGGCUCACCCAACCGUGUGUCAGCCUGGCUUCCCAAGACCUGUGGGUCCAAGAUGAAUGGGAAAUCCCCCGGCAGUCUCUCAAGCUGGUCAGGAAACUCGGGUCUGGGCAAUUUGGCGAAGUCUGGAUGGGUUAUUACCAAAACACCGUGAAAGUGGCCAUCAAGACUCUAAAGGAGGGGACCAUGUCUCCGGAGGCCUUCCUGGGUGAGGCCAACCUGAUGAAAACUCUCCAGCAUGAGAGGCUGGUUCGUCUCUAUGCCGUGGUCACCAAGGAACCCAUUUACAUCGUGACCGAGUACAUGGCCAGAGGAUGCUUACUGGAUUUCCUGAAGACAGAUGAAGGUAGCCGACUGUCCCUCCCGAGACUGAUCGACAUGUCAGCCCAGAUUGCCGAAGGAAUGGCGUAUAUAGAGCAAAUGAAUUCAAUCCACCGCGACCUGAGGGCAGCCAACAUCCUGGUGUCUGAGUCCCUGUGCUGCAAAAUCGCUGACUUUGGCCUGGCCCGCAUCAUUGACAGUGAAUACACUGUCCAAGAAGGCGCCAAGUUCCCCAUCAAGUGGACUGCCCCAGAGGCCAUCCAUUUCGGGGUGUUCACCAUCAAAGCAGACGUGUGGUCAUUUGGAAUCCUCCUGAUGGAAAUCGUCACUUACGGGCGUGUACCCUACCCAGGAAUGAGCAACCCCGAGGUCAUCCGCUGCCUGGAGCGCGGCUACCGCAUGCCGCGCCCCGACACGUGCCCGCCACAGCUGUACCACGGUGUCAUCACCGAGUGCUGGCGGAGCCGGCCGGAGGAGCGGCCCACCUUCGAGUUCUUGCAGUCGGUGCUCGAGGACUUCCACACGGCCACCGAAGGGCAGUACGAGCUCCAGCCCUAGGCCCGGCUCGAGGACACGGGUCUGGUGGCGGCAGGGCCCAGAGACGUCUCGCGCCCCCCGCCCAACCUGUAGAACUGAUGAAGCGUGUUCACCUCGAGGCUCUUACCCCAGCCCCAGGCCGACUGGAAGGGCAGGGAGGAAUUGAUAGGCCCGUUUCUAGAUGAGGGAAGGAGAGAGAGAGGCAGCCUCACAGGUGGGUCACGCAGCAUGGAGUCCGGAGAUCCCAUCGCAGUCCCACCCUUCUUGGGCUGUGUGACCUUGGGCAAGUUAUUUAGCCUCUCUGUGCCUCCACUGUUUCGUUUGUACAGUGGGGGAGAACCAUAAUAGUACCUACCUCCUUAUGUUCCUCAAGAGGAUUACAUUAGUUAACCCCAGUAAGAUGUUCAGAAUAGCGCCUGGCACACUCCUGGCACACCGUUAAGUGUUUGGCAUCGUUGUAAGACUCCCCUGUGCUGGCGCCCAAAGCGAGAAGUCCGCAGCAAGUGGCCAGGAAUCGCGCUGCUCCCACCUGUGCGGACCGCGCCCCGGUGCGGCUCCCUCUCUACUACCCCAGAAGCAGGACUGGGUCCUCCGAGUUGUCCGCUCCGAGAAGUGUCCACCUGCUUCGGCUCUGGGCCGGUAGCUCUGACCUAGACUGCACUCCAGCACUUUGGGACUCUUCUGUAAUAAAGUCACAAGAUCUGACCUUUGCCGUGUCGUUACUGGUGACAAGCCUGGACAUCGCUACAUGACGUAGGUGGUUUGCAUGAGUGGCGCAGCAAGGGACUCGCUGUUGGUCCUGGGUUUCUGGUGGAGCUCCCAGCUCCAAGGACAACACCGAAGAAGACUCCACGGCCAUUGCCUUUAGGGGAGACUUGAGCAGGGCCAGCAGGUGGCGCCCUCACCUCAGCAAUCCUGGCCUCCGGGAUGCUUUGCUCCGACAGCGACAGCGGUAGCUACAAGGGUGCUGGGUGCACGCAGAGAGAGGAGGGAGCGCCCCAGGCUCCAGUCUCGGGACCAGGCGCAUGCGCAGAUGAUCAGGCGAUGGUAACACCAAAACCGUUCAAGGCUUCGCACUGCUCAGGGGGCUCGCUGUUUAUUUUUUGUUUUAUUUAGAAUAGAUUUAUUAUAAUAGAUUAUUAUGAAAUAGAUUUAUUAUUGUAGAUUUUUUUAGCUUUUAGGUUUACUGAAAAAUACACGGAAAGUACAAAGAAUGCCCAUCUACCCCUCACCCCGCCCCUCAAUUUUCCCUUUUACUAACAUCUUGCAAUAGUGUGGUACGUUUGUUACAACUGAUGAAACAAAUCGACACGUUAUUAUUAACUAAAGCCCAUAGUUUACAUUAAUAUAUUAUUAGGAUUCA